AUGGCUUUUCUUCAGAGUCCAGACUUCUUCGACUGUGUAGAUGGCCACAGGAUGUCCCUUUUGAAGGCUGCGCUGAAAGUCGAGAGAGGGGUCGCCGAAAUGGCAGGUAUUGCUGUGGAGCCCAUUACCAGUCCUCAGGUAAUAGUAGCAAUAGAGGGGAUUGUCCAGGGAGUGUUAGAGAGCCUGUCCAAGAAUGAAGCCCCUGUACUCACUAUGGACAACAGAUCAUCAUGGACCAACAUAGAGUUCAAUUAUUCGGUUGGAUUGCAAAUGGUGAAGGAUUGUAGCACCAGAAAAAUCAGGAGUGACUGUCCCAGAUCUGCUCUGCAUUUCGCCCUUACCAUGAAAAUCCUGUCUGUGAUCUACAAGCUAGUACAGACCGACACAUAUGCCACUAAAAGGGACAUCUUUUAUGACAAUGUUCAGCUCUAUGGAAGCCAGAGGACAGUGGACAGUAUUAUCACAGAUAUUUCCUGCAUGCUGAAGAUUCCCCAGAAGGAGCUUACAUGUCCUCUCUACCUCCAAAGGCUGCGUGGCUGGAGAUCUGGUGUUCACCGAGGAAGACGGGACAAGGGUGAUCUGCAACACUCAUUCUUCAGGAGUUCUCAUUCCAUCAAAUGUAGACGGAGUCCUGGACAUGAGAACCCAUGCCCGCUUUGUCCUUGUUAUUGAAAAAGACGCCACUUUCCAGAGGCUCCUCGAUGACGAUUUUUGUGGGAGGUGCGGCCCCUGCAUCCCUCAUCACGGGUAAAGGAGUUCCGGAUCUGAACACCAGGCUUUUCGUCCGCAAGCUGUGGGACACUUUUCAGAUUCCGAUUUUCACUCUGGUGGACGGCGACCCACAUGGGAUGGAGAUCAUGUGCAUCUACAAGUAUGGAUCUGUGUCCAUGUCCUUCGAGGCUCGCAGUCUAACCGUCCCAUCUGUAGCUUGGCUCGGCUUGCUGCCUUCUGACAUAGAGAGGUUAAACAUCCCCGAACAAGCCUUGAUCCCAUUAUCGGAGGAGGACCAGAAAAAACUGCGCAGCUUGGGGAGGAGGCCAUAUGUUUCCAGCCAGCCGCUGUGGAAGAGAGAGCUGGAAAUCAUGUCUUCCAGGAACAGGAAAGCUGAAAUCCAGGCCUUGACGUCUCUGUCACCCACCUACCUAACGAGGGUCUACCUACCCAACAAGCUGCAAUACGGAGGCUGGAUCUAA